AUGGCUUUCAUUCCUAAAAUUUAGAACCCUUUUAAAUUCAAAAAGUUAGCGUUCGGAUUGCUCGGACUUGCUGCCAUUAGUGCAGUAUUAUUCUUGACCCUAGAAUAAAAUAUUUAAUCAGAAUCAGAGGGCGCUACAUUCCUCGCAAGAGAUGAUUUCGAUAUUUUACCAUUUUCAUUAGGAUCUCUAGUUUCAUUGCAAUGUUUUUAUCCCAGAGGCUAUUUUCUGAGACACCUUAAUGGUAUGUUCCUUGCUUAAGAAAUGAGAGAUGAUGAAGAUUACAGACUUUCUGCUUCGUUAAUAUUGGAUUAUGGACUAACUGGUGAGAAUACUGUUUCUAUUAGAUCAUUUAAUAUGCCAGACUAUUACUUGAGAAUCGGUACCCAGAAUCUUAUAAAAUUACAAUAAAUCGAUCAUUCUGAUCCAAAUUUCAGAGCUGAUGCUACAUUCAAAGUGAAGAGAGGAUUAAUCGACCCUAACCUCAUUUCUUUUGAGUCAAUUAAUAGGCCUGAUGUUUAUAUAAGACAAGAUGACGAUCAAAUCAGAGCUCAAAAGAGAUAGAAUAACUAUUAAUUUAAAGAUGACGCUACUUGGGUAAUUAGUGAUUCACUAGUCGAGGUUGACUACAUUGGUAUUUCAUAUUUUAAAGAGCAAGCUAACAUUACAAUACUCCCAGAUUUGAUUGUUUAAGAUACUCUCAUCGACAACAGUUAAGGAUCAUAACCAAUGAUUUAAUUUAAUAAUGAAAUCAUCAACACAAAUUCCUCAACAGAAUACUUUGAAUAACUAUAAGGCUUUGGGCUGUAAAUUGGAGAGACUUAUAAGGUUUCAGCCAGAACUCCUAUAGUCGAUAUGAAUGGCUAGAUUUUCUACACAUCCAAGCAAAUAAGAAACUGGACUUAUGGAAAUGUUAACACAAAGUACAGUGAAUUCGCUUAUGAAACCUCAUUGAUAAUCUCAGAAUUUUCUACUAUGAAUGCUACCUACAUUGUAAAACAGGCAAGAAUCAGAAUUCCCUUUGAGGCUACAGUUCAUCUCAAGGAUGCAACUUUAACUCAAUUCUUCACUGGAGUUUGGGUUGGAAUAGUCUCUUACGACUAUGGAGUUAAUAGAAUCAUUAAAAGCUUUUCACCUGAUGGACUAGAAAUCUAAUAAUGA